GUUGAGACAUCAUACCGUGGAAUAGGUAAGUCACAUAUGGUUCUGCAGAAAAGUGCCAUGAAAGAGCUCAGAAGACACUUGUCUUUCACUCAGCUGAGAUUCCACUGCCGUAAGAAACAGGGACGCACAUUCCACGUGGUCACAGCUUUCAACAGCUCAGGUGAAGCUGUGGUCCAGUACUUCAGCGGUCAGACAGAUGAGCAAACGGACGCCUGUGUUUCGUUUGUGAGAUUGACGUUGGAUGACAAUUCCAAGUUAGCUAGCAUUUGCAAAGAUUGGGGACUAGCAAAUGGAAAGUACUAUGUUGGAAAGUGGGGACGUGGUGGAGAUCAAAAAAGGUUAUACAGCUUCCUUGCCUUCUGAAAAUUUAAGUAUCACCUUAGGGUCUACUUGAAUAGCGACAACGACAUGGAAUGUGAUGAUGUCGCCUCUCAGAGUGUAAACUCAAUCGGCGAUUUCUGGAAAGUCUCUGUUCGUUAGUUGCGUUUAACUCAGAGCUGUCUGUACACCAAGCAACCCUUGACUGUGAGAAUAACUUCUUCAAACGAAUAGACUGAAAACAGAGACGAACACAAGAAAUGCACCGUUACCCUCAGCUGUGGUUGUAAAGCCGUUUUAGCGCACAAAUAUCUAAUUAGGUCACAUGUCUGACGCUCGCUUCUUCCUUGUGGUAGGCUUACCGACAGUGCUCCACUGUUUUUAUCAUGUAGUUCUAGUUUUACAUACACCGGAUCCUAAAGGAGUCAAUGAGAUAAACACGAUUUUCUAUGUAGUAGUUUAUGUUGCUUUAUGUAUUUCCAAGAACAAUUAAGGUUCGAAGAGAUAGACUUUCCCUUUUGUUUGGUCACGGAAUAUGUAAAUAUACUGAUUUCCGCGUGAAUAUAAAUAAAUAUUAGGGCAAGGUGUUUUUUUAAAUCUUACAAUUUCUUAUUUCAUUCAUUUCAAAGUCAAAUCGCUCAAGUAUUUGAGAGCACGAGGAACUUUGUCUGAAGUAUAAAGGGGGUAAGUUUUUAGAGAAACAGUGGUGCUGUGUCGGUGGGGAAGUAUGACAAAAUAAUUUGGUUUUAUCAACUGAAUUGUUAACGUAAAUUGUAAAUCAGGAAGGCGUUAUUUACAGAUCAGUACAGGUGAGAAUUUGACGAUUUAACUGACGGACCAAUUUUUCUAUCAAUCUUAUUCCGUAAGGGGAUGCAUUCAGAUUAGUUUUAGAAUUCUUUUGUUUCCGAAGGCCUGUCAGGAUUAAAUCUGAAACUAGAAAAAUGAUCGAACAAUCCUCUCUCGAGAAUUAACUCAUAGAACAAACAUGACCUCUAGUUACUACUUGUUUUAUAGUAUUUUGUCAUGAACAAUUGAGCAAAUCUGCUCGCGAUCGAGGCAUCGACAUUGCAUCACUGAGAGAACAUAGAUGCCACUGGUCUUUAAACAAGCAAUGGCCAGUCCCAACCUCCUAGCGAGAUUUUCGCUCGUGUGAGUUCAGAGGACGUUCUGAUACAGAAACCUUUGAUAUGAUAGGAGAACCCCCUCGUAUAGAAUGACGACUAUUUUAGCCUCCUAAUUGUAAACAUACACGCGGUAUGAAAAGAGCCCCUACAUAGCCUACUCCGGUCCGCCACAACGGAAACGUUUUCUUCCAAGGGGCACAUAGCGUUGCUAAUAUCGGGAUUUCGGUCGACUGAAACUUGAAGGAAAAGUAGCUUAUGGGUGCUAAAAGCAUAAUAUAAUUCUUGACUAGUAGAGAGCUCUGAACGCGACAUUUAUGCAAUGCCCAACUUAAAUACGUCUUUUGAUUGAAGGGCUGAACAUGUUGCGAGUCGUGAAUCAAAAUACACUUACUUUCUCGGAUAAACAAACUUCACUGAGCCCCCGGGGAAACAACGACUUGACUUUCGACUCUCAGGUGAUGCAAUGCCCAACUUAAAUACGUCUUUUGAUUGGAGGGCUGAACAUGUCGCGAGUCGUGAAUCAAAAUACACUUACUUUCUAGGAUAAACAAAAUUCACUUGGCCCCCGGGGAAACAACGACUUGACUUUCGACUCUCAAGUGAUAAGGUAGUUCACCGUGAAACCGCAGCAAAUGUGUGUGCCAGCCUGCCUAUAAAAAUUAUUUUUUGCAGUCAUUUUUGAGUUGGGAUGUAUGAGAAACACUUGAAAAAAAUAAAAAUUAAAGUGACGAGCACCACAGGAAACAGUGAGGAUUCCUCUACCUUGCCCCGCCAGGGCAACAAAACUCACGGUAUCCCUUGGAGUCGGUCAUUAGUCACUUACUUUACCAACUUUGCCAGGUGUCUACAUUAUAAUUGUCUGGAAGCGAAAGUAAACACUAUUAGUAGGGUAGCUAGAGGGCAAAGGAUGAGAAAAUAAUUAGUGCAUCAGAAGAAACAAAUGUUUCUUAGCAUAUUGGCUUCCGUUGCCAAUUUUAACGUGCACGAGUCAAAAAUAGGAACGCAGAAAUACAUGUAUAGUACAGCAGAUAUAUCUACAAAUUGUGACUCAUAAAUGUACGAGUUAGAAGGUGAGAGGGAAUUCUGUAACUUUUCAUCUCUCUCUGUUGAAAUUACAUCCUGUAGCUCUUUUUUAUUCGGCGAAUUUCGCUUUGUUUGGUGGGAAAAAGUUGUCAUCGAUCCCAAAUGCGACCAAUCGAUACUCAUAGAAAUCCUUGUGCAAGAGAAAAGAGGUUCGAAAAAAAAGAAAAAUCCGAAUGAUCGAGGUUGAUUCUAUUAAUGUUAAACGCCCCCACGCUUUACUCGAAUGUAAAGAAAUGUUAAUCAGAAAUGUUAGUCGUGAUCAGUACUUCGUUCAAAGCUGACUAUUGCUUGAUUUACGAAAGGGGUUCUCAAGCUGUCUCUUUUUAUUUUUUUUAAAAUUAUUGUCUCAAGUUUCAUUAAAAUAGUAUGAAAAGCUGAUAAAAGAUUUUUUCAAUAGAAAAACACGAGAGGAGUGGAAAGAAACUGAGGGCAGAAUAUACCGGUUUCAAGGAGUAACCAAGUCAUUCAAUUUGGAAAAAAUUGAUUAAUUUAAACUUAAAAGAAGAUUGCUUUCCAACUUUGAUAACAAAAUAAUAAAACAAUCCGAGUAAUCAGGUUUGUUUCUAGUUAAAUGCCCUCACGCUUUACUCAAAUGUAAAGAAACGCUAACCCUAAGCCGUGAUCAGUACUUCGUGCAAAGUUCACUAAUGCAUAAUUUAUGUAUGGGUUCUUAGGCUGUUUCUAUUUAUUUCUUUUAAUCAUUGUCUCAAUGUUCAUUAAAAUUUUAUGAAAAAUUGAUAAAAAAAGUUUUUCGAUACAAAAAUACUAGAGGAGUAGAAGGAAUCUGAAGGUAAGAAUAUACUGGUUUCAAGAAGAUUGCUCUCUAAUUUUGACAACAACAUAAAUCUUGAAUAGUCAGCCACUUGGAUAAAUACGUUUGAGUGAGAAGUAUAUAUACAAAAGACCUUUACUACCGCAUAAACGUGAAAGAAAAGUCGAGUCGUGAUCAGUACUUCGUGCAAAACUGACCAAUGCAUAAUUUAUGUAAGGGUUCUCAAGCUGUUCCUAUUCAAUUCUAUAAUUUUCAUUGUUACCUAAGGUUCAUUAAAAUUGUAUGGAAAGUUGAUGGAAGAGUUUUUCAGUGCAAAAAUACGAGAGGAGUGGAAAGAAACUGAAGGUCAGAAUAUACUGGUUUCAAGGAGUAACCAAGUCAUUCAAUUUGGAGAAAAUUGCUUAAUUUAAACUUCAGAAGAAGAUUGCUCUCUAACUUUGACAACAACAUAAAUCUUAAAUGGUCAGCCGCUUCGAUAAAUACGUUUGAGUGAGGAGUAUAUAUGCAAGAGACCUUUCCUACCGCAUAAACGUGAGAAGAAAAGUCGAGGAAAAGUAAGAAAAGGAAGGUGAGUGUGAGUGAGAAACUCGAUGUAUUUACUUACUAUCGGGUGAGUAACUUGUGCAAGCCAGCGGACAAGAAUUAAUCCUCAGCAGGGAAGAUACCUUUAUAUGACUUGGUAGUUUAAAAAGCGCUCGUAUUCUUUCGCUGAGUCAGACAAAGUGUAAUUAGCAAAAUCCUAAAUUCACAAUCAAAACUAUUUGUUGCAUCUAAGAAGGGAGAAGGGCAACAUUUAUCAUCUGUUUUUCUUUCUUUCUCAAAUUACAGGAUGAGAGGGCAUCUAGUUGGUUACCAUUUCUGUCCCGUUCUGUUGACUGGUGUUGCUUUGUUUCUUGUGGCUUUCAGUUCGUCUUUGCACACUGACUUCAGCAGGGACGCGAUUUUCGAGAGAGUUGAAGGUAAUACGUGAAUGUGUUAUAUCUCCCAACACAGUGACACAGAUUUUGAUCCCUCCCCCCCCAAAUAAGGCUCUGUGACAUUCUUACAAUCCCCCUCAUUAGUAGUAAAUUUCCAUUCUUCCCCCUUUUAUACUCUGUUAGCCACAGCAGUUCGCCCUGGAAAAAAAUAUGAGAUCGCCCCCAAAUUGGGUAAAAACAACAGGAACUUUCUACGUGCAACUCUCAUAACUCUCAGGGCUUCUUCAUAUUCACCUUUGUACGAUAUCAAGAAUCGAGAUGACCUCUUAAGACAGGGUAAUUAACUACACACAAACUGUAUUAUGAAAGUAUCCAAAAGAAACUGAGUGAUGAGAACAUGAAACGCGAUUGUGUUGUUUUUCAAGGAUUUGAGCUAACUGGUCACAUCACCAAGACAUUAUAUGCUGACGAAAUAAGUUGUGGAUUGAGUUGCCUUCGAGAUGAAAACUGCCAAUCUUACAACAGCAAAUCCGAUGCUAGUGAUAUAAAGAAGGAAUGUCAACUGAGUAAUCAAACCAAAAAUUCAAGUCCGGAAAACCUGAUGUGUAACCCACGUUCUACUUAUUAUGGAAGAGGUACUGUUGAGUAAGGUGCUUAACAUUAUAGGAACGUUAGAGGAGGUGGGAGGGUAUGAAGGGUCAAGGUAUUUUGGUUGUCACAAUAAAGUUUUCCUGAUCCUUCCAUAACGUUCCGAAUGAUUCUAUCGAUCUUCCUCAUUGACCGCCAAUUUUCUUUAGUCCCACCUUUAAACUCUGUUAGCGACAACUGAUCCUCUCUCCAUUCCCCCCCCCAAGACUCUGCCACCUCUCCCAACUCCUCUUUCCAUGGCCAAGUCAAAAAUGGUGACCUAUUUCUUACUUUUGAUUAGCGCUUUUCAGAGCUCUCUCAUGUCACGUGUACAUCCAUGUUUAAUCUUUCCCGAGAGAAUAUGAAGUUAAAAAUCUCUUGCUUUUCCUUAUAAUGACGUGUUUUCCAUUUUCUUAGUUUGAAUUGAAAGAUGCUAUGGAUCCUACAAAGAUUUAUAAAAUCUAGAGCUAGCUAACACGUUCUGGUCUUGGCUAUUCUUGCUUUCUCUACAAAUAUCCUUCUUAUGUUUUGAAUCAAAACUACUGCAGAAUUCUUGAAACUGAUUAGUUAUCAUCUGCCGGCCGAUUUGAGCGCUAAUAGGACAGUGUACGCGUCAUACUUGUGAUUGAAAAGUGUAAUAGGACCGUUAAAGGGACAGUUAACGCGUCAUGCUUGUGUGAGUGGACAGAACGCGUCAUGUGUGCGCUGUAGUCUCGCAUUUCGCCGGGUGAACUGUUGUUUUUCGUUUUUGUGAAAACGUAUAACCGAUGUAUAGUUUCUUUCUCAAUUUUUGUCAUAAUUUUUAUUAAUUGGUAACAGGCCCUCCUGUCGUCAAAUUCUCUCGCUUUGCGGUCGUACGAUUCUGUAAAUCACUCGUAUGAUUACAGACCCAAUUGGACUCCACUCGGUCCUGUUACUAUUUAAUAUGUCCAAAAUUCUAGUUACAUGGAUGUCACCAGAUCAUUAAGGUUUGUUUUAUUUUAGGAGGUUGGCUUUUGGUGUCAAAUGCUGAGUUCGGAAGUCCCUCUCCUAAGGUGUCAGUUGAGACAUCAUACCGUGGAAUAGGUAAGUCACACAUGGUUCUGCAGAAAAGUGCCAUGAAAGAGCUCAGAAGACACUUGUCCUUCACUCAGCUGAGAUUCCACUGCCGCAAGAAACAGGGACGCACAUUCCACGUGGUCACAGUUUCCAACAGCUCAGGCGAAGCUGUGGUCCAGUACUUCAGCGGUCAGACAGAUGAGCAACCGGACGCCUGUGGUUCGUUUGUGAGAUUGGCGCGGGAUGACAAUUCCAAGUUAGCUGGCAUUUGCAAAGAUUGGGGUCAAUCAGUAAGUGGAAAGUGGGGAAUUGGUGAGGAUGAAGAAAGGCUGUACUGGUUUCCCGUCGAAAGAAAUUCAAAGUAUCACCUUAAGGUCCAACUGGAUAACGUUGACGACCUCAAAAAAAUGGAAUGUGAUGAUCGCUCCGGUCACCAUGUUGACACAAACGGCGAUUUCUGGAGAGUCUUUGUUCGUUAG